AUGGCAGACGGAGGAGAACGACAUUCUAGUCAAGCGCCAAUUUCUACUGUAAAUUGGACUUUGGUGGGGGAGCUGGCUGCCAUAGAAGCAGAAAUCGAAAGGCUUAAAACAGACAAUCAUAGGCUCUUUUCUUGUAAUCUAUCCUUGGAGCAUGAUCUCGCUGUUUCUGAGGAGGACAUAAAACGGCUAAGAGUACAUUUAAGAACCAUCAAGAAUGAAUCUGAUAUCCAGAUUCAAGGUAUGUUGGAAAAAAUUGCAAAAUGUGAAGCUGAGAUAUCUGCUAGUGAAAGCAUCACGGAGGGACUGCAGCAAGCUUCUUUUGAGGCCCAAGGUCUGCUGAAAAGUAAUCAACAGUUGAGUGGUCAAAUUCAGCAAGCCCUCCAAGAAUUGGAAAUAGCCAACGCUGAUAUUAUGAGGCUCCCUGAAAAACAACGUGAACUGGAUAAUAUGAAGAAAGCAUACCAAGGGUCCGAUGUGAUAGUUUGGCAACAAAAAUAA